UACACAGUGCUAAAAUCAUCUGCUCGUAGCAAUUAUCUCACUUUUAAUUACAUAAAGAUAAAAGCACCAUUAUUAAGUGCAUAGGGGCGUGUUAUAAGACAGAAACAUAUUAUUGAUGCUAUCCAGUUGCAUCUGUUUCAGUGUAGUGUAUUUAGGAAAGCUGUAUAAGCUAACUAAGUGGUAAUUCAUUUGUUUUUAAAACAUCUAUUCGAGGUACAGAGAUGUCAAAGUCAGGCUCCGAUGAGAGGACCUUCCUCAGUGGUGUUGUAGAAGGUUUUUAUGGGCGCCCAUGGACUAUGGAGCAAAGGAAGGAGUUGUUUAGGAGGGAGCAGAAAUGGGGCUUGAACACCUACCUCUAUGCCCCAAAAGAUGACUACAAACACAGGAUGUACUGGAGAGAGCUGUACACCUUAGAGGAGGCGGAGCAACUGAUCACUCUAAUCUCUGCUGCAAAGGAGCGUGAUGUCGAGUUUAUCUAUGCUAUCUCACCUGGGCUUGACAUUACAUUUUCGAACCCUAAAGAGGUGGCAGCUCUUAAGAGGAAGCUCAGCCAGGUUUGUGAGUUCGGCUGCAGGUCCUUUGCCCUGCUUUUUGACGACAUUGAGCCAGAAAUGUGUCCUGCUGAUAAGGAGGCUUUCAGCUCUUUUGCUGAAGCUCAGGUCUCUGUCACCAAUCAAGUGUUUCAGCAUCUUCAGGAGCCCCAGAGUUUUCUCUUCUGCCCAACAGAUUACUGUGCUGCAUUCUGUUCUCCUAAUGUAAGCCAGUCAUCAUAUUUACACACUGUUGGUGAGAAACUACUUCCUGGAAUUGAUAUUCUCUGGACCGGUCCAAAAGUGGUCUCCAAAGACAUCUCUGUGGAGUCUAUCGAGGAGGUGUCUGCUGUUCUGCGGAGACCUCCAGUAAUUUGGGACAACAUACACGCGAAUGACUAUGACCCCCAGCGGCUCUUUCUUGGACCCUUCAAAAACCGGCCCACAGAGCUCAUUCCCAAACUCAGAGGAGUGCUUACUAACCCCAACUGUGAAUUUGAACCCAACUUUGUGGCUAUUCAUACACUAGCCACAUGGUGCAAGUCAUGGUGCAGCACAGGCCAGAAAGAUGUGGCUAUGGAUGGUGAAGAUCAGGGAUCCGACUACAACCCCAAGCAGGCUUUGCAGCUCGCCCUGACAGAUUGGCUGGUGGAGUUUGGUGUGGCUGAUCAACCUGACGUGUCUCGUGCUGGCAGCAGCCGUGCUAAGAAAGAGACCUCAGAUGAGGAGCCCAUGCAGACCGAUGAGUACGUGCCCGGGCCCAGGGAGAACCCGCUGUACACGGCAGAACCGCUCACCCUGGAGGACCUGACGCUGCUUGCCGAGCUCUUUUAUUUGCCUUAUGAAUACGGCCCCACCGCUCUCACCAUGCUGCAGGAGCUCCACUGGCUCCGCAGCAAUAGUAACGCCGCCACGUUCGGCCCUGUGCUAGCUGAGGAUAUUAAGGCCAAAGAAUGGCGAGAGAGAGCCGAGCAGUUUGACAACAUGUGUUCUGCCGUUGUUCGGAUGUUUAACAGGCUGUCGAACGCCCCCAACAGAACCAUUCUGUACGAUCUGUACAACUACAUCUGUGAUAUAAAGAGCGGAGUAUCAUUAGCCAGAGCAUUUGUCAACAGUUUGGGUGGGCAUAAUCCUCCUCCAUCUCAAGUUAUAAAUGAUGACCCGGAGCCCUGGGGCUUCAGAGGUGGACUUUCCGGGGAGUUCCAGAGAAUGCUUCCAUGCCACGGGAACCGAGAUCUAUACCCGACUCCACCUGCCACCCGAGUGUACACUAUUCAUCCAUGCACUCCCAAAGAUAAGGCUGAGGUUUUGAGGUUAUUUAAAGAGAUGCAGAGUGAAACACAACAACAAGCUGCAUUAAUUGGUGACAGGCUGGUAGAGGGUCAGGUUGCACCAUCUAAAAACUGUGACCUGGUACUGGAGGAUGAGGUGGGCAUCUGUGGCUAUGCUUUUGCUCUUACUGACGCCAAGACUGCCAUGACCAAAUCUCAGUAUCCUGAGACGAUGCUGAGAGAUUUUCCCUCCCUCAUGGUCAUUCAAAUACACCCAAGAGUACCAGAUCCCAACACUGCCAAAUGCCUUAUUGGAAAUGUGCUCUGUUUACUGAAGGAUGCUGGAUCCACUGGGGUCUUUUGCGAGUUCAGAUCAAACGACAGAAGAAUGUUGGAUUUCCUGCAGACUCUCGGUCUUCUUUACGUCCUCAAAGUGGAAGGACUUCCAACAGGUGUCGUCCUGAUGGGGACAAAACUGUAACUGCGGACUGUCUUCGACUGAUCGUAGCUGCUUGAUUUAAGCCCACUUACUGCACUUUUAUCAAAAAAAAUCAAUGCCAAACUAAUCUAAAUGUGAUGCUGCAGAAUGUGUGAGUGUGAUUUUUAUUAGUCCAAGCUGAUCAAACUGAUUUUUGUAGCAUUUUGUUUUUGGGGGACAUGUGCAGUUCUGUAUCACACAAUGCAGUAAAAACACUGUCAACAGUAUUUAUGUACAACUCAAGUAUCUCUGAUUAUCACAAAUCAGAUGAGCCACAAUCAGUGAGCAUGUGCAGGAUCAAAGUGAAUAAAACAUUUUGGACUGUAAGAA